GCGUGACACGCGAGAUUACUCAAAAUGUACGCUUCCGUAGCUGCUCCCUAUUGCCCAUCCCCCGUCUUGGCGUUAGCAUGGCUAUGCUAGAUAGCUCGCUAAUGUAAAGUUAACUCCUUGUUGGCUGGCUUUUUAAUAUACUAUUACAUAUUUACCGUCAAACAGGGCUCAUCGAAUGAAACAGUGAUGUGGGGGGAGUUGUCCUGUCUGCAUGGAUUUGGUGUUGCACUUCAGAGAAGACUCUGCAGACCUCGGCACCUUAGUGAGCCAAACAGAAAAAGCUUUUGAGGAUUUUCCCUGCAGAGUUCUGCCUGUGUUUACACCCUGGUACCCAUCCACAGGGGACAAACCCCUGCCCACAAGGCCUCUAAAGUCACCCCCAAUCAUCUACCCGGAAGAGGUGAUAAAAAUCCAGAGGCAUAUCUUGACUUUAGCACGAGAGCUACCAGAAUCAGUACAUGAAUGCUCUGACACUGACGGAAGUCCUCUGGAUUGUGGCCAGACUAGUUUGGGAAGAGCACUCGUUGCUGCACAGACUUGCCCAGAGACAUGGGCGCCACGCGUACAGUCUAAAGACGGGGUCCUCGACAAUAAAGUCAAACGGCGAUCGUGGAGUGUUGCCUCACAGGCUCAAAGGGGUCUUCUUGCUUCCCCUAACUCUCAUACUUUCUCCAGACAGUUCCAUAAGAUUGUUUGCAGCCACAGGCUUAACUUGCUCCAAAGGGCGAAGUGGGUCAUAAAUGGACACAGCUGUGUGGCAGGUGAUUUAGAACAGGCGUGGAGAGGAGUGACCCGUGCCAUGCGGAACUCCAAGCUGCCGACCUGCAAUGCUAACAUCCAGCGAAGCCUUGGCCAGAUAUGGGUGUUUUGCGAUGUCCUGCACUGUGAACAUGUCGGGAAGUAUCUCAAGGAUCAGCUGCAGCUCACGGGAAACAUCACUCUAUCUGUUCAUAGACUGGGGGACAUUCUCAGCUUUUAAUUAUUUAUGAGGUAGAUCAUCACCAUAAGAUUGACCAUUAACUCAGCAAAUGCCGUUUAACGUGUGUGCAUUUUCUAUGUGGCGCACAGACAAUUGUAGAACUAUGAGUAAAUGUUUUUAAAUAAAUUCCUGUAUGAAA